UUUCGUGAAGAAAUGGAGCAUCCAGCACUUAGCACUUUAUGGCUACCUAGAACAAAGAUCCCGAGGCCUCAGUUCCUGCCGGCCAACCGUACACCCCUUAACAGCACCCAGUCCUGCCCUUGCAAAAUGAGCCGGAUGUUGCCCAUUCCUGCCACCAGGCAAGCCUCCCUGAGUGACUUCUGGCUGGAGGUGGAACACAUCAAACAGACACGGGGGCCGGAUGUGGAGGAAUGCAACUCCUCGGAUUCUGGUAUCACAGAAGAUGGUGAAGCAGAGGCAGCUUGGCUGCAGGACGCAGGUCUCUCCACUCUGAUUGGUGACCAGUAUCCCCUAGAGGAUAACAUCAUCAUGUCCACCUUGACGCAAACCCAGGCUGCAGCAGUCCGGCGCCGAUUGGAUACGUACAGCUACUCAGUCCGCAAGCGCUGGAAACAGCCAGCCCGGGAUGUCAGAUUUGUGUUCACUGGGAAGGGCACGGCGGACGGCUUCUUUAGGAAGAAUGGGAAAGUGAGAACGUUUGGUCCACCACAAGCUCCAGGAGGGGUCCCAACACUCCCACGCAUGGGUUCAGACAACCAACACAGAGUACCUGGAGGUGCCGAUAUUUUUGACACUGAUGUGGCAUAUUCAGAGCAGGCGGCUUCAAUGCGAAAACAGGAGCAAGCCAGUGUACAGGACGCAGGAGCCUUUCCUAAAUUCCAGCUCAAUAAGGGAAGACUAGGAACAACCCAAGUGGCUGACCUUACCCCCUCUGAUAUGAAGCAGGUUCCCGCUUUGGCCCUUAUUGAGUUGACCGCUCUGUGUGACGUCUUGGACUUGGAACUGAAGAGGAACAAGGUUCAAAAGCGCAAGUCAGCUGAGAGCCAGCUGUUUGGAGUAGCACUUCCAAGUCUGCUAAUUCAAGACCAGAAGCUGGUGCCUGACACAAAGGUCCCACUCAUCCUACAAGCGAUCUUUACAUGCAUAGAGAAGAAUGGUAUGGAGAUCCAGGGAAUUCUGAGAAUCUCUGGCUCACAAGCACGGAUCAAGAAUCUACAGCAGCGGCUGGAGAAAGAUUUCUAUGACGGCCUUUUCUCUUGGGAUGAUGUCCAUCCACAUGAUGCCUCUGGCCUCCUUAAACUCUUCUUGAGAGAGCUGCCCGCACCUUUACUCACUACCCAGUACCUCCCAGCAUUCACAGCAGUGCAGAACAUCGUAGACCUGAAGCAGAGACUUCAAGCGCUAAACCUACUCAUCCUCAUCCUUCCAGAGCCAAACCGCUCUACUUUAAAGGCACUACUGGAAUUCCUACAGAAAGUGGCUGCAAUGGAGAAAACAAAUCUCAUGUCUCUUUGGAAUGUUUCCACCAUUUUGGCACCCAACUUAUUUCUCUAUCAUUGUGGAAAGAAUCUUGAAAGAGGUGAGAAGCAACUGGCGGAGGGGACGGCUGCUUCGGUGAUGGCUAUGGUGCAUUACCAGGAUCUACUGUGGACUGUUCCCACUUUCCUAGUGACCCAAGUACGGAAGCUGAACCAAACCAGCGCUAAGAAGUAUGCCUUCCGUGAUCGCAGACUGAGGAACUUCCUACGUAAAAUCCAUUCUGAUAAGGAAAGAUCGGAGAAGAGCCAGACUGAGCUUUGUAAACAGGUGAAGGUCCAACCCACCCUUUGGCUGAAAGAGACCUUGGCUGUACGGGUGGACGAAGGGACUCAAGCAUCAGAUGUCUUUCAACAGUUGAAAAAGCAACUGGGACAAAGGAGCUGGGACAUGGCUAGCACUGUGGGCUUCCUUAGAAGUAGUGGUUCUUCUGAGUACCGGAACCUGGCACUGUUUGAAGUAGGAGGCAAUCUCUGUGAACGCCGCCUAGAUCCUGACACCUACUUAAUGGACUUGUACAAUGUUAACCCUAAUGCUGAAUGGGUGAUAAAGGCCAGCAAUUCAUCGUUGCCUUCAAACAGGGCAGUAUGAUUGGCACCGGGCUCGCCAGUACUCCCCCAUAAAAGGCUGGAUGUAAUAGACUGGAUUACCUGUGGCUGGAUCUUGGCCCCCAUUGUAGCCAUGCAGCUGGGGGGCAUAUAAAUGCACUUAUUCCUUUCCUCCACUGUAGGAAGAGCUUAGCAUCAAUGAACUGCCCCCUAUUUUACUCUGGCAUCAAUAUAUACCUUAUUCUUGGGGCAACUGUUGCACUUUGUUUUGGACCUCACUAAGGAUCCCGGGCCAAGGAACAUGAACCUGCACCUUAGUUGUAAGAACUGCUGUGAUUAUAUAUGUGGUUUCAUGCUGGAAUUAAAGAAAGACAUUCCUUCUCAUUGCCAAGAGAGGGCAUCAGAGUACCCAGGAACCAGGCUUCAAAAGCCUGGCUAAUAUACCUCUGCAGAUAUGAAAUUCAUCCAAAAAUAUAGGAAAACUGUUUUUUUUUUUUUUUCUUUUAUAAGAAGAAAAGUGUUUUUGUGAUUUAUUUAAAAUAUUCAUAAUAAAACCCCCAAAAGAUAUUUCAGGC